CAAUAGCAUCUGUCAAACUCAGUCAACAAAUUUAUUCUCAAAUCUCCAUCGAGGGAACGCCGAUUCUAUUCUGCAAAUACCUUCGUGAAUUUCCUUAAUAUUUGGGCAUUAAAAAGUCUUUUUAUUAUUACCUAACUUGUGCCCAUCAAAUUUGCGAUAGAAUUUCCUAUGGCUCGUUUAGAGGACAAAAUAUUGAGCGGGUUAGAGGACGUAGGUUACUAUGGCCCCCUCGGAAAAUUCUCGAAGCUGCAAGAGUGUGCCGAAGUCGGCCAAAAAAAUAAGGAAUUUACUGAGCUGGUGCACUAUUUGACUAAUGAAAUUCGAGCCCUUUUGGGUAUUGACGAGGAGGUUAAUCCUAUCUCAGCUCCUGAGGAUGCUGUCGCUUUUGUUAUGGAAAUUACAUCAUUUUUAAAUGAACUGAAUUGUCCAUAUAAGUGCCUCAUCCAGGGCCUAGUGUCCGAGAGGCUUCAAACCUACUCAGAAAGGCUCCUGCUGAUUGAUUAUCUUAUCACUGAAUUGAUGGGAGCGAGAGUGCUGCAGGAAAAAAAACCUGAACAGAAAAUUGAACUUAAACUUCAAGAAACACCUGAGGGAGCUGAUAUGCGUUUGAUACUUCAAACCCUUCGUUUUCCCAAACCCCCCUCUAAUAUCACCAUUAGACAAUUAUUUGAUAAACUAGAUAGUACUGUGCCUUUGGUGUUAAAAAAGGCCAAUGCCGAUCUUGUGGGCAAAGGAAUCUUUAAUGGGUUUUUAUCAGAUAAACAGUGGGAGAUUUUGAAGGGCUUGCAAAGUGAUUUGCAUAAUGAGUAUAAGAUUAGAAGGGAAAUGUUGCUGACUCGGCUGGAUGUUACUAUUCAAUCAUUUCAGUGGUCAGAUAGAACAAAGGGAAAAGAGGAAACUUUUGAAAAAAUCUACCAUGAUAACCGUAAAUUGCUCCAUGUAGACCCUGAUGUAGACUUAUCGGAUCUGAUUGCUGCUAGAACUGACUUGGCAAUAAUUGAGAAAACUAGCAGCGCAUCUGUGAGGAAAAAUACUAAAACACCCCUGAAUAAGGUCAUCAUUGGACAGGUUCCAGACCGAGGAGGUCGCAGUUGGGAACAAGCCCCUCCGCCUCCAGAAAUGCCCUCUUGGCAGCAAAACCGCUCAGGCCCCGGGGGCGGCAGAGGCGGGGGCGGCCAACGAGGAGGCGGACAACGGGGGGGCGGCGGCUUCGAUGGAGGACGUGGCGGCGGUCGCGGCGGAGGCCGUGGUGGAAGAACCGACGAUCGUGCGGAUUCUUAUGGGGGCGGCCAUAGUGGCGGCGGUGGAGGCGGCUACCAAGGAAGAAACUCCUCGGGGAACUACUAUGAUUCGGGCAGAGGGGAUUACGAUAACAAAAAUAGAUAUUCUGGUGGAGGUUAUGAAAACCGAGGCAGUGGAGGCGGCGCCUUUUACGAUAACAGAGGCAGCAGCUCGUACGAUACCCGCGGCUACGAUAACUAUAGAGGAAACGACAAUUAUAACUACAAUAGGCGUGACAGUGGGGGCUACGGGGGAUCUCAGGACUAUCAACAGAGCAAACGGCCCAAAACUUACGACAGUUUUCAGUCGAACAAGUCAACGUAUGCGGACCAAUAUGUGCAAGAGAGCCACCAUAACCAACAAUAUCAUCGCGGGGGUGGCGGUAGGGGCCGGGAUAAUUAUAGUAGAGGACGCUCGAAUUACCAUAGGGGCGGCGGCGGCGGCUACAGAUAAGUUUUAAAAAAUCUCUUCUUCUUGAUUAUUGCAAAAAAAUAUAUUGUCUUUAUUUGUACAUAUAUAUUUACUUUUGAACUCAAAAUUGUAAUUUUUAUUAUUAACUAAUAGUAAAUGAAUUGUGUAUGUUUUUGGAAGUUACACACUAUUGUUUCGGUUUAAAUGUAACCUUAUUGGUAUUGCUAAUAUAUUCAGUAUAUUGUGGACUAAUAA